CCGGACCCCUGACCUGCAAUACCUCUCUCUCCUUUCUAGUUCUCCACCUCCAUGCGUGUCAUGGUUGCCACGUGUCUUCUUUAGUGGAGAUAUAUAAAAGCCAACCAAGGUUGCAGGUCUAAGGCUGUCUCUUUUUCAGUCCACUUCGUUCAUCUCUUUUUCUCUCUCCAUGUGAAGGAAAAAGAGAGAUAUGAUCUAACUCCUAUGUGUUUCUCCAAUUUCUGCAGAACGACCAUUCAACUCUAGAGCGAGUAUCUCUACUCGUACUUUUACCGCUUUUUUUUUUCCUCUCUUUGAUUUCUUUUCUUUCGUUCUCGCAACUCUAUUUCGACUGCCGUAAUUCGAUUAUUAUUUUUGGUAGAGAUCUGUUCGCCUUGUAAUCGGUUUGAUCUGGAAGGAGUUCCGGUGAAAAGUUACCGGUUUGGAUCCGAUCCAGGCAGCAGCAGCGCCCGAAGAUGGCGCUGUUCAGAAGGUUGUUUUAUCGGAAGCCACCCGAUCGGCUUCUGGAGAUCUCCGAGAGAGUUUAUGUAUUUGACUGUUGCUUCUCAACGGAUGUUCCGGAAGAGGAUGAGUACAAGGUUUACAUAAGUGGGAUUGUAGCACAGUUACAAGACCAGUUCCCUGAUGCCUCAUUCAUGGUAUUUAACUUCAGGGAGGGAGAAAGGAGGAGCCAAAUUUCAGACAUACUGUCUCAGUAUGCCAUGACUGUUAUGGAUUACCCUCGGCAAUAUGAAGGAUGUCCUCUAUUACCAUUGGAAAUGAUCCACCACUUCUUGCGUUCAAGUGAGAGCUGGUUGUCAUUGGAAGGGCAACAGAAUGUGCUUCUGAUGCACUGUGAGAGAGGAGGAUGGCCUGUUCUUGCCUUUAUGCUUGCAGGUCUCCUAUUAUACAGAAAACAGUACACUGGGGAACAGAAGACUCUGGAAAUGGUGUACAAGCAAGCUCCUAGGGAACUCCUCCAUCUGUUGUCUCCUUUAAACCCACAACCUUCACAUUUGAGAUAUCUCCAAUACAUCUCCAGAAGAAGCCUUGGGUCAGAUUUGCCUCCAUUAGAUACACCACUGACAUUGGAUUGUCUUAUUCUUAGAGUCCUUCCCAUGUUCACUGGGGGAGGGGGUUGCAGGCCUGCAGUUCGUGUUUAUGGUCAAGACCCUUCAGCUGUAAACAGCAGAAGCUCAACAAUUUUAUUUUCAACUUCAAAGACAAAGAAACACAUUCGCCACUACCGACAGGCAGAUUGUGCUCUUGUGAAACUAGGUAUUCAUUGUCGUGUUCAAGGGGAUGUGGUUCUCGAGUGCAUCCAUUUGGACGAUGAUCUCUUACGCGAGGAGAUGAUGUUCAGAAUUAUGUUCAACACAGCGUUUAUCCGAUCAAAUAUAUUGAUGCUCAACCGUGAUGAAGUUGAUAUUCUAUGGGAUGCUAAGGACCAAUUUCCAAAGGACUUCAAGGCAGAGGUACUCUUUUCGGACACUGAUGCAGUUGGGUCUAAUAUCACAACAGGAGGGUUAAAUGAAGAUGGGAAUGAAACAGAAGGUACAACAGAGGAGUUCUACGAGGUGGAGGAGAUUUUUAGCAAUGUAGAUGGGCAGGAUGGGAAAGGCGAUUCUUACAUGCAUGGAGCUCAAGAAAGUGCAUUUGAUGAUGCCAAUCACAAACAGGAUGGAGAGGCAGAGUUUACUGUUCGAACUGUUGAAUCAUUGAAAGCCAAGAGUUACAAACAAGAAAAAAAGUAUGAUUCUAAUGUGCACAAAAUUCAGGACAGAAUCUUGAAUGAUGGGAUGCAAAAGUCAGAGGUUGUGGCAGUGGCUGCUGAUGUCCAGAGCAAAUUAGAAACCAAAGCAGUAGUUACUGAUGCACAGAGCAAAUUAGAAACCAAAGCACUGACUACUAAUGUGCCUUGUAAAUUGGUAGAAAUGGAUAAAAAAGAGAGCACAGAGAACAUUGAUGCCCGAAAGAAGUCAGAUUCCAAAGUUCCUCAGCAAAAGCCUGAAAAAUUACUGCCACCCAUAUUAAAGAAGCAACCAACUUCAUACACAAAACCAGCUUCAGGUCCAGUUGCAGCUAAACAAAAGACCAAACAGAAAGAACCUGAGAACACCUUUGUAAAACAGGCAAAAUCAAAGACAGUUUCUCGAUGGAUCCCCCCAAGCAACAGUUCAUAUACUAAUCCCAUGCGUGUAAUAUCUCAUCCUCCAUCAAGAUAUAACAGUGCACCAGCUGCUCUAGAGAUUGCAGCCCUUUCAAAUGAUUGUAGUGCAGGUGAAACUAAUGUUGUUCCAUCUGUUACUGCUAGUGCUGAGGUUGUGGUCCCAUCUGAUGAUCCUCCUGAAUCAUCUGUUGAAUUUCAUGAAGUUGAUUCUGUCAUACCUUCAGAAUCCAUGGAUAAUGCACCUAGUCCCUAUCUAUCAUCAUCAUUACCUCCCCCUCACCCUCCUCCUCCACCUAUACGGGAUUCAAUUAGGUCCUUUAAUCCAUCCCCAUCUCCACCACCAUGUCCUCCAACUCUGAAUUCUGGGGUGAUUCCUCAAGGAUCAAGUCCUUCUCCCAUGAGAAACAUAAUUGGAUCAACUGCUGCUCCUCCACCACCACCACCACCACCACCUCCUCCUCCCCUUAGACAAAGUGUUGUUAGAAUGGCUGCCCCUCCCUUACGUGGAGCUCCACCACCACCACCUCCUCCUCCUUUAUGUGGAGCUCCACCACCACCACCUCCUCCUCCUUUACGUGGAGCUCCACCUCCACCACCACCUCCUCCUUUACGUGGAGCUCCACCGCCACCACCUCUUCCUCCUUUACGUGGAGCUCCACCUCCACCACCACCACCUCCCAUACGCGGUGCUCCACCUCCCCCACCUCUUCCUACUCGUGGUGCUCCUCCUCCACCUCCACCUCCUACUCGUGGUACUCCACCUCCACCUCCUCCUGUACGUGGAGCUCCACCGCCACCACCUCCAAUGCAUGGAACACCACCUCCACCUCCACCCCCUGGAGCUCGAGCACCUCAGCUGCCUGCCCCACCUAGACCUCCAGGUGGUGCACCUCCACCUCCACCUCCACCUAUUGGGACUAAAGGACCAAAUGCUGUUGGUUCUCUUGUUGAUACAAAAAGUUCAACUUCUGGGAGAGGCCGUGGGCUUAGUCGUUCUAUUGGCCCUGGUUAUCAGGGGUCACCUGCUUCAGCACCUCGGAGAUCGUUAUUGAAGCCACUGCACUGGGUUAAGGUAACAAGAGCGGUGCAAGGAAGCUUAUGGGCCGAACUACAGAGAUAUGAAGAGCCUCAAAUUGCGUCAGAAUUUGAUGUGUCAGAACUUGAGAGCCUUUUCGCUGCCACGGUUCCAAAUAUGGUUGAUGGCUCAGGGGGUAAAUCUGGAAGACGCAAAUCUCUUGGAUCCAAACCAGAUAAAGUUCACCUGAUUGACCUAAACCGGGCCAAGAACUGUGAAAUUAUGCUCACAAAAGUUAAGAUGCCCCUUUCUGAUAUGAUGAGUGCAGCAUUAGCGUUGGAUGGUUCUAUUUUAGAUGUUGAUCAGGUGGAAAAUCUCAUAAAGUUUUGUCCAACAAAAGAGGAGAUGGGACUUCUGAAGGGAUACAGUGGUGACAAGGAAAACCUAGGGAAGUGUGAACAGUUCUUUCUGGAGCUAAUGAAAGUGCCACGGGUGGAAUCUAAACUAAGAGUGUUCUCUUUCAAGAUUCAAUUUCCUUCUCAGAUUGCAGAUUUUAGAAUGAGUUUAAACACUGUAAUCUCUGCAUGCGAAGAGGUCCGGAAUUCCAUAAAAUUGAAGGAAAUUAUGAAAAAAAUACUUCAUCUGGGGAAUACACUGAACCAGGGAACAGCAAGGGCUUUUGCAGGUUCUGCUAUUGGAUUCAAGUUAGACAGCCUUUUGAAACUGACUGAUACACGUGCUUCUAACAGUAAGAUGACACUCAUGCACUAUCUUUGUAAGGUGCUUGCUUCAAGAUCACCAGAACUUCUGGAUUUCCACCAAGACCUUGUUAGCCUUGAUGCUGCAUCCAAGAUACAAUUGAAAUCCUUAGCGGAAGAGAUGCAAGCUAUAACCAAAGGCUUAGAAAAGGUCAAGCAAGAGAUGGUUGCUUCUGAAAACGAUGACCCUGUAUCUGAAAUUUUCUGUAAGACCUUGAAGGAAUUCAUUGGUGUUGCCGAAACAGAAGUAGCAGCCUUAACAUCAUUGUAUUCUAGAGCAGGUAGAAGUGCAGAUGGACUUGCUCUUUAUUUUGGUGAAGACCCUUCUCGCUGCCCAUUUGAGCAAGUUACUACAACUCUCUCAAAUUUUGUGAGGAUGUUUCGUAGAGCACAUGAUGAAAAUUGCAAGCAGUCUGAGCUGGAGAGGAAGAAAGCCCAGAAGGAGGCUGAAAUGGAGAAGGCAAAGGGUAUUAAACUAACAAAGAAAACUGUGAAAUAGUUGAGAUUUCCCCCCUUCAUAUGCCCAGACAGGAGCACCAGUUCCCACUAUGGAUCAGCCUGCAGCCAAAAACUCUGCCCGGGAUUAUCUAAGAAGAAAGUUGAAUCCGCUUUAAUCACAUGCAGAAGAAUUUCCUUUACAGGAACCUUGCAAUGGCUUUAUGAGUGGUCUUCGAGAUUUUCUCCAGCGGUGGUACUUUUGACCCAGGGAAGGACUCCUAAUGAGAUCAUCAAAGUGAUGGUAUUUUUGACACCUAUUGCAGAUAUCAUUAACUGUAAAGCACAAUUCAGCAAUGUAUCCUCGAAUCAUGUACAGAGUUUUGACCCUACCCAUACUUGAUUCUUUUUUAUGUAACAUAAAAGGCGGUUCUUUUGUUUUUUUAUUGAGAUUUUAGCAGGAUCGAAUCAAGUUGUAUAGAAAUUGGGAAAUGGAAGAAGAAAAAAGGAGGGCAGUCUUUCUGCAAUUGUAAUAUAACCAAGCACAUGCAAUCAGAUGAUGCCUUCUGAAUUGCAAAUUGGCAAUGGGAAUGCACAUGUAUUCAUACAGUUCAUCCAGCAGGCCCUCUUUUUAUUUGUGUAUACUUGGUCUCUAAAGAGUUGUAUUUAUGGAUGAGUUAAAACGAAAACAAGCAUUUUAAUUUGAUAGAAAAGUUCUCAAUUUUCAUAUUGUCAAAUUGUUAA